CAGCCAUCAAAGUGGGAAUAUUGUAUUCUGCGUUUCUUGUCAGUUUUAUCGAGCACAUCGCUGAGUCGUAAAUCAAACCUACUGCGUAAUUCACACAAAGGUAUUUUCCUCCUUAUAUCAUGAUUUUUGUUAAGUGAGUAUGCUUGCCUUGGAGCUCAAAUAGCGACAAUAUAACAUAGACGAUUGGCAACCUCUUUGUUUGCCCAGCGAUGCAGGAUAUCAUGUAUGCGCGAGUUUGAUUUAAAAUCAGUAACUGCUAAACAUAAGAAAUGUGAAAAUAAAUAGAGAUAACGAUUUCUGCCAUUUCUUGGGGUCAAAAUUCUCUUAAGAAUGGAAUUGAUAUCAGGGGCAGCAAAGUCCGUAAUAGCGAACGUCUGUCACGAUUAAGACAAGCACAAAUAAGGACGCGCAAAUCAGGCAUUACCGUUUACAAUUCAUGCAGCUUCAUUAGGUAAAGGAGGGCGCAGGCAAGUGUAACUAUGUGUUAUUCUUUAAAUAUAAAUAAUAAUUUAGUUAACGCUAUUUUGAAAGGGAAAGUUCAUUACCCACUUUGAGCAAGAAUAGCUUGCGUAGGCAUUUCUUUAAAUGCGUACAUAACCCAAAGUAUUCAAAUGAAAUCAAGUAGCGUGGCCAAUUAACGGGGUAGUCCUCGGGAAUGAAAUCGAAAGGGAAAAAGAAAUGAAUGAAACGAUUAAUGAAUGACAGCAACAUUCUUGAUAAAAAUGAUGAUCAUGAAGUGUAAUAACAAUCGAAGUUCUUUUAAUUUGCGUAAUAACCUUAAAGGGAAGAUCGGAAGUCAUAAGUUCUUUUAAUUUUCUUUUAGUAAUCAACAGAAAAAGUUCUUCGCACACUUUGUGCGCAUUUGAGAAAUUUCAAGGACAAAUCAUUAUCAACUAUGGCAUCUCAUUUCAAUAAUCCGCGAGAAUAGGUAGGUCUUAAAACACUUUUUUAACUUAGGUCCACCGCACGCAGCCUUAUAAGACGAACACAACAACGCUUUGAAAACAUGCAUAAAGAAAAAAUUUGAUUUUAUCAACUGAAAUAAUAAUGCAAAUUGGCCAGCGUAAAGAGUUUCUAAAGCUGACAUUUCGAAAGUGAAGCCUUCGUGAGAGGGAAGGGGAAAUACCAAAUAAAAUUUGAUUUAACAAGAUCAUUUUUUUUAUUAACUGAGUUGAUAAUGUAAAUUGGCCACCGUAAAGAGUUUAUAAGCUGACUUUUCGAGCGUUAGCCCUUCGUGGAUAGAUAGAUAGACGUUUAUUAAGAAUACCUUAAUAGCAGCUGGAAGCUGAAUUACAAAGGUGUACAAAUUAUAUAAUAGAACUAUACAAUAAAAUCAAACCUAAAAGGGAACUAAUUUACAUAUGGGCCCAUAUACAAUUGUAAUAGAUGUCAAUUAAAAUGUCUUGCGCUUGCUGGAAUGAAAGUAUCUCUGAACCGAUUUGUUUUGAAGGAAACUCUAAAUGGUCUGCGUCGUCGUAACUCCAUAAGUUGAUCUCGGUUGUCGAAAGGCAGUAAGUGGUACAAACAAUCCAAGGGAUUGGAGACGAUGUUGUUAAAGAAUUUUAAGCAAAGGUCUUCCCUCCGAUCCCUAAGGGUUUUCAGCUCUGCCAUCUGAAGCACUUCUCUAUAAUGAGUAUCAUAACCGUAUAUAAUUUUCAAGGCUCUCUUUUGGACACGCUCUAAACUUAAGCUCAAAUAAUCGGGGAGACUAUAAUGGUAGACCUGACAUCCAUAAAGUAAGACGGAUUGAAUGCAAGCAACAUAAAAAUUCACUAAUUCUGGUGAUGGUACCUUGGCUCGCUUUAACUGAGUUAAAAAGUAAAGGCGCUUAGCGGCCUUUUUAAUCAUCUCAGUAACGUGAGUGUUCCACUUGAGGUUGUCUUGAAAAUACACACCCAGUAAUUUCACGACACUAACGGCGCUAACCUUAGAGCCAUUAAUUUCUAUGAGAUCGUAGGAAGGAGGGGAGCGCACGAAGGAAACUCUUAGCUCAUUACAUUUUUUUCGGAUGAAGUUGAAACGAGUUAAGUGUUGACCAGGUAGCUACUUCGUUUAUCAUAGACUGAGCAUUGCUAGGACCACCCUUGCUUAUGAUUUCAUACACUGUCGUGUCAUCUACAUAUUUUAUACAAUCACUGGCUGAUGGUACUUUCAAAUCAUUUAUCAUAACCAAGAAUAGCCACGGUCCCAAUUUUGUUCCCUGCGGUACUCCUGCUCGGACCGAUCCCCACUCUGAGAGACAAUCAUGUGCAAGUUUGACCCUUUGUUUCCUAUCUUUAAGAAAGGCUAUUAUCCAAUUAAUGAUGUAAGGGUUGAUAUUGUAGGUCGAGAGUUUCGAUAGCAAGAGGCUGUGAUCUAUCAGAUCGAAGGCUUUUCUAUAGUCCAACGCAAAGAUCCGCACGGUGUUCCCCGUUCCGUCUGUUGCUUGCGCCCAAUUGUGCAUCAGGUUUAUCAAUGCAUGCGCAGUGGAGGAUCCUGGAAUACACCCAAAUUGAUCGGGUUCCAGGCGUUUCAGAAGUGCUGGUUUCACAUGUUCAUGGACGACGUAGUGCUCGGCAAUUUUGGACAACGUUGGUGUCAGUGAAAUAGGUCUCAAAUCUUUCGCCGCAUCCUCAACUAUCUUUGUUUUGGGAAGAGGGGUGAUGUUUGCACAUUUCCAAAUGUCCGGUAAAGUCCCUUGACUAAUCGAGGAAUUGAUGAUACAACGAAGAGGUUGAGCGAGCUCAGGAGCGAAGUCACGCAAGACCCAGUUUGGGAUAUUAUCUGGGCCCCCAGCUUUGGAGGAGCUGACCGUACUAAGGCAUUUGAAGGUAGCUUCCAGUGAAAUAAUGGGAGUUUUAAAACCCUCAGUGCUCACAGUUUCGAUAUUAUCUAAAAGUGGGUCAAACGAAGCUUGAGGUUCUAGCAGAGCUGUGUUGAUUUCAUUAGCCAAGAUCUUAAGGUUGAUUGAGGUAGCUGGUUUACUUGCUAGGAGCUGAUUUGCGACACUUGUAGAUGUUUUGUUCAUUCCACAUAACCGCCUACAUUCGGACCACCACAUUUUAGGAUUGUUUUCGGUCAAAACGCUGACUUUAGUGUUGUAAUAAGAGCGUUUGCAGAGCUUCCGUUCCCUGUUUACUUUGUUCCGGUAGUAGUGGAACAAUGGUUUGUUGUCUUGGUAAUAUGCUCUUUGACGGUGUGCUAUAAGUGCCUUGAGUUUGGGUGAAAUCCAUGGUGCGUCGUUUCGGUGGAACUUAACUCGCUUUUUGGGAAGGAUAGAAUCUAACCCUAUGUGAAUUAGGUCACUGAAGUGAGCAUACUGUUCUUGGACGCUAUCUAUAGUGUCGAUUAAUGACCAGUCGACCCCCGUCAUAUAACGACCAAAAGCCCGUUUGGACUCAGCGUUAACAGCACGUGUAGUAACCGUUCUGUUUGCAGGAAUGUUGGCCUUCGAUCUAAUUUUUGGAAACAAACCAACAGUACAAUGAUCGGAUAGUCCGAAGGGCGGGAAUGGAGAAGGUUUCUCGUAGUGUUCUGUAAGAUUAGUUAGCACUUUGUCGAGUGUACGAUCCCCUCUUGUUGGAAAGUGGACGACUUGCGUGAGGCGGAACUGCUUAAUAACUGGUGAAACAUUUGCCCUGUUCCAGUCGCCAGCGAGAAUUAUACCUGCGCCAGGGAUAUCACUCUCUAUCCUAGAGAGAGAAUCCAUCAUGUAAUCAAGGAGGGGCUCAUCUUUGGCAGGCGGUGGAGGAUGGUAUACUGUACCAAUGAUAAGGCAGCUAUAACCCCUGGGGCAAUCGGUUGGGCGUGAUUUUGGCCCACAAAACCUCAGGGCCCUCGGGGUCAGGAAACUCAUAGUCCCGUAGAAUUGAGAAUUUGAUGGAAUCUUUUACAUAUAGAGCCACACCCCCAUGUAGCUUGUGGGUCCUAUCUUUGCGUAUGAUGUUGUAGCCACUAAUGUCAACUACGCUGUCAUCAAUAGAAUCUUUCAGCCAUGUCUCCGUUAUACAACAAAGAUCAAACUCGUGGGUGUUCAAAAAAAUACGAAGUUCGUCUAUUUUUGGUGCCAAACUCAUUACAUUAGACACAGCUAUUGGCGGUACGAACUGCAAGGUGUUUUUCCUGGCGUCGAUGUUUCUCUUAGGCUUGAUAAUAGCCAGAUUAUUGAAAUUGACGGCUCUUUCUUCUGUGUAACGGCUGGAGGAAACACGCGUAGUUACUCUCACGGGAAUUGUUGAAAGUCUCGGUAAAGCGUGAUUAUUGAACCGUAAAGAUUCAUUCAAGAUGGAAGAGUUAUAGCAAUUAACAGUUCUUGGUCUUGUGUAACUACUGGAGAUGGCGCGUGUGGUUGUUCUCACGGGAAUUACUGAAAGCCCCGGUAAGGUGUGAUUGUUCGACUGUGAAUAAUUAUUCAAGGUUGAAAAUUCAUUCGUUUUGCUUCGGCCUGUAUUUAAUUGUGUUUUAGUAAGUCUUCCGGACCGUUUCCCUCGGUACUUAAAAAUUCCAUCCGCUCGAAUGUUCUUAAAUAGAACUGACCGUCUCUCCUGAAGGCUGUAAUUUUUCCGGAGCGACACCAGUUCGCGCCGAGAGUACUGUAGGGUCGUUGUUUGGCGAAUUGGAGAAUCAAGCUGCCGAAUUAAAUCUCUAGUGGCUCUCUGCCGGCUACCAAUGGCGAUAAUAGAUUGAGCAGGACCGGGGUUGGUCGAAAUAUCAACGUAUACCGUGAUGUCCAAUGGAGGGUCGUGGCCAGGGAUGACUAAGGAGACAAACCCGUGUUUAGUGUGCUUCUGUAUUGGAACUCUUGAUCGAUGAAAACCAUCUUUGACGAUACAAGUGCAUUUCUUCUUGAGUUGAACAGCAGUGUGCAGGGGUUCCCACCUUGAUUUAAAGGUAGCCUCGAAGGAUAAUAAAUGGUUUAGAAAUGCAGCGCUUAAACAGGAUAGAAUAGUGAUAGAAACUAGAGCUACUCUAAACGUGGCCGCCAUGAUUGGCGCCGAUAUGCUAUGGGAUCGUCAGAGGGAAAGCCUGUCAUUCACACUCACGAAGGGCUAACGCACGAAAUGUCAGCUUUUUUACCCUUUACGGUGGCUAAUUCACGUUUUCAACUCAGUUGUUAACACUAAAUUACCUGCUAUACUCUCCCACCGCAGCACCACAGUGUCUUUGGAAACUUACCCCCUUUAUUGUGGAUUGCACUCUUUGCAUCACUGAUAACUGUGAACUUUGUGUCGAUAAACCAUCGAAAUUUCUAUCGUGUUACUGAAGUUUUCCCCAUUACGAAAGAAAGAAGUUUAAACAAGGUAUCAAAAAUACAACAAAAAAUGUCAUAUCGAGCAAAGCUGAUCAUUUUCCGCGAAAAAUGGCUAAACUGGCGUAAUUCAAUGAUAGAACGCAGAUUUAAUGAUGCAUGAAACGUGAAAUUAUCUCGUUAUUCUAUUUAUCGGCUAAAUAUUGUCAUAUGCUUUCACAAACUGAUCAGAUAGAAAAGAAGAAGCAUCAAGAUAUUCAAGCAUGUUCCCUCAGUGGUUCAGGUUUGCUGUGGUUACUCUUAUCAAAUUGGUGCUGGUUUUUGGUCGACAUAAUGUUGGAGCAGAUUUCAGCGAUAACUGUGACAACUCGCCUAAUUCCCUCUCAUGCAUCCACACGUAUGAAGAGCUUUAUAACAGCUUGGCAGAGUCAGAGAACAAUUUUAACAUUGAGUCAGCUAUAUAUCCAUCCAGGAGGCCUUCUUCUGUCCGUGUGUUUGUAAAUUUACAUGGUCCUAACGAGGCAGAAAACCUCAUCGUGCCAUACACUUGGAGCCUUUCCUGUUUGUAUGUUGCUGUUCCACCACUCAUGCUGGAAGUUUUGUCCCUCGGAUCCAUCCUUGUGACGCCUCGGACUCAAACACUGAAUAUAACUAUUCCAUAUUUCUGCUGCAAUGUGUCAAAGAAGGAGGAUGAAAGAAGGAUAAUCAUUAAAGAAAGAAUUAAAAGAGCUCUUGCAUCGGUAAGUGUAUUGUUUUCUCCCUUAAUUUGGAAACAACAGGAAACUGAUUAAAAGAGCUGCCUUCAGUACUCUUAUUCCUCCGUUAGUUAGCAAGUAUGCAGAAAUGAAAAGAAAAUAAACGCUAUUAUUUGGUUGGCAAUAAGAUACACAGAAGUUCCCCUAAACGAGAAUUGUAAAUUUAAACAGCUUUUGGUCCUGAAUUAUUCUAAAGGUGUUUCGAGUACGCAACGUUAGUAAUUGUCUUAGCUGAAGUCUACUGCUAAAAAGGCUAAGUCUUUUGAGCCAAGCAACCCACACUUUCCACAUAUUGAAGACUGGUUGCGAGUUAAUCGCAUGAUUUAUAAUUAGCACCUUGUCAAGUUUCCCAGAAAGUUUGCGGGCCGGUACUCAUCAAUAUUCCUUGGCGGAAAAAAGGCAUUGCUUAACUCACUAACAACCGUCUCUCAGCUACUGACCAUCCUUUCCCGUACGGGCCUGAAUUUUUUUCAGGUCCUAUUUACAACUACUCGUUUCAGUAGUGUUCUUAGCUGCGAGGAUCUCUUAAUUUCAUCCUUUGAAGUUUAUACAAUUUUGAUACAGGAUUGCUGUUACAUUUCAGCUUCAAGAUCUGGCCGUAUCACCAGGGAUACGGGAUCCAAGGAUGAACACAGCGGAAUGUGUUAUAGAAGGCCAUGGAAUAGACAUAGAGGCUACAGGACGCAGUGUGUACAUCAAAGUAAUCAAUUGGUGUUCAUUUCUUUUCACUUUGGCAGUUUUCUAUUUGUUAACUUCAUUUAUUGAACAUUGUAGAAAAGAAGGUUGGUCAGAGAAAACCACAGGGAGGGAACACACGAAUACAACCGGCCGAGACAGGCAAAAGAUCAGGAUAAAAAAUACUGCUAAGGCUAUCUUCUAUCUAGGUGUUUUGUUGUCGAUUCUUGGUUUAAGUCAACAAUUGGUGCUCCUUUUCCUUUUUGUAAAUUUUUACCAGGAAGAAGUUCUCCUUUACAUGGACAUUGUACCUAUUUUAGUCUCUAUCUGGUUUGCAAUGGCAUUCAAUACAGUGAUUGGCCUAAUACCACAUAUCCGUAAUAAAUUAGAAAAUUAUUUUCCAUGGCUGGAGAUAGACUCGGCUGACAGGGGAGAAGGUAUGAGCUGUUUUUCUAAACCGGUCGCCUUUACAUGUGCAGCCACCACUAGUUUCUGUUCCUGUUGGAUGCUAAUUGGCAUAAUGCUUAACCCGACUUGGGGUUUGACUGUUACGCUUAUAAUAUGCUUUACUUUUGCCUCCUUCACGUAUGCUGUCUACGAAUAUCUUACUUUAGUUAGCUGUAAACAAGAUGGAGUGAAACCCGAUAAACUGCAUGCUCUAUUACCUGGCCUGUUGGGUUUCCUUGCUGUUAUUGUCUUAAUUCCAGUAAUUGUGUUCGCCGGCCAGUCAUUUAAUGGAAGAGAAACUGCGGAUGAAACAUUGAAGACCAUACUUAUGACUGCUCUUGGUUCCUUCAUUUCGUGGUUG